UGUGUGUGUGUGUGUGUGUGUGUGUGUGUGUGUGUGUGUCCACGUGCAGAAGGAAUGGAUUGUAUCAAAAAAUCAACUCUGCUCUUGUUCACAUUGGGUCUCCUGGGAAUUUUAUAUCUUUGGAUUGUUCAUAUAGACAGAUAUGUCAUGUCUCCUGACUUUUUGCAAUUGAAGAAGACCAAACACCACAGUGGGUGCAGAGGGACCACUCUUCAUUUCCCAUUGCCAAACCAGAAGGGUGUGGGUUCCAAAAGCAAUGUCAGCUGUGGGGACAGUGUUAUCGACAAAAUGAUGGAAGGUUACUCACUUAACUGGAAUAGGAAUGAAACCAAUAGUCAACAGUUCAGGGUGUUGCUGACCAACAAGUGGCAUGGUGCCUCUAAAGCAGUCGUCACGCAAGCCAACACUCCUGUGGGGUCAACUGUCACUUACGAUGGUGAGAGUAAAAGGAAACUGAAACUGACACUGAAAGUAGAUGCUGAACUGUUCAGCCUCUUUCCAAAGGAGUCACCCUUUGUAAACAAAACUUGGGAUACAUGUUCUGUUGUUGGAAAUGGAGGUAUUCUGACCAACAGUAGUUGUGGACCGCUUAUUGAUUCUGCCCAAUUUGUUAUUAGGUGCAACCUUCCACCAAUUGAAAAUGACUAUGAAAAGGAUGUGGGCAGUAAGUCUGAUCUGGUAACAGCCAACCCCAGCAUCAUACACGAUAAGUUCAAUGAUCUGGUAUGGCGCCGGAAACCUUUUAUAGAUAAGCUACGUUCCUACGGCAAUGCCCUGAUCUUCUUGCCUGCCUUCUCAUAUAGCCAAAACACAGCACGGAGUCAGCGUGCCUCCUACACCGCUGAGGAAUUCCAGAGCCCAGCUCGGCUUGUGUACAUGAGCCCAGAGUACUUGAGAAAUGUGGCGCUCUUUUGGAACUCCCAGGGCAUACGGGCUAAGCGGCUAAGCACGGGUCUCAUCGUGACCAGCCUGGCGCUCGAGCUGUGCUCCAACGUGCACCUCUACGGCUUCUGGCCCUUCAGCAAGCACCCGCAUACCUGUCAAGCCCUCACCAACCACUACUACGACGAUGCACAGUUCAAGAAGAACAGCCACGCCAUGCCGUCUGAGUUUGGCCUGUUGCUACGCCUGCACAAUCAGGGCAUUCUCAGGCUUCACCUCGGGCAGUGCCCAAGCUGUUCAUAACACCAGCAAUAUUAGUCCAGCGGAUUGGAGAACUUUUGAGUAAAAGCAUAGAAAUCUGUACACAUAUUCUUCUGAUUAAUAUGGACAACUAUUAAUAUGGCUAACCCAUAGUAGUGAAACCUCCAUGCACUGCAUCAUGAAAGCAUGACAUUUCAGAAAUAUAUAUGGAAUUGUUUUGUAAAACUAAAAUUGAGAUUUUCAAAACGGCCGCCAAAUCAAAUAUGACCGACCCAUAAAACAGGAAUCGUACCGCAGAUUUCUCUCUUUUUGUGCUGACUAAUAUUAAAUGUGGAAUUGUGAAACAUGCUGAAUUUUCAAGAUGCCCUCAAAAUCCAACCCAUAUUACAGUUUUUCUCGAUUGCUUACACACAAUUUUCGGAAUCAGUUCUCGAAUUCUCAAAACUCUACACACAAAUCUCCAAACCUCACAAACAACGGGCAAAACUCUUCACUACCUCUGAAAAGUGCACGUCUUGUCUCAAAACAAUGUACUCUCUUCUAAAAGGGUCAUUUUGUUCUCAAAUGACACACACAAGCAGUCAUUUUAAUACACUCUUAUGUGAACCAUCGAACAGUAAUAUGCACAAGGUAAAACUCUAUACUCAACUUGACACACAGUAGAAACUUAUUUUCUUCACUGUUCUACAGUACUAAAGAGGGUAUUUGUCUGUAGUAAAAUACUGAAAUAUUGUUUUUUGACUCAGAGUAUACACAGAUGUGUGGCAAAAAAUAUAUUUUACAUAUUUUUCUGACAUUAAAAAAAAUACACUAAUUUAUUGUAAAAUAUUGGGUAACCACAUGAAAGUGAUCUCUUGUAUAACAUAUUUUGGAGUUCAAAAACUAAACAAAUGUGUUUUCUCACUGCAUCUACUCAUGUUUUCAUCAAUAUCACAUGCAAUGUGUGUCCUUAUGGGGUGAUGAGUUCAGAUUGUAAACCGGUAUGAAGAGAGUUUGCCCAUGUGAUGAGAAAGUGAACAUAGUAUGGCAGUUGAUUUUAGUAUUUUGAAUGGCAGUGUGUUCAAUGCGACAACCAGGGAUUUUCUUCAUGAAAAUUGUGUGUAAUCCAGAGAAUUGUGUGUAGUGGUUUGAAAAGAGUGUGUUUUAAAACUGAAAUGUGAGUGUAAAGAAGGAAUUGUGCUUACUGUUCAGUGACAUUUGUUAGGGGAGUUGGGAAAUGGGCGAGCUUUUCCGAGAAUUGUGUGUGAAGUAUCAGAACUUGUGUGGAGGCAAUCGAGAAAAACUGUAACCACCAGGCACUUUGAGGUAAAAGCAUUAAAAUUGGCACACAGUUACUUCUUUAUUUGAAUGAUUUGGAUUGUCCUCUUGCAGCCACCGUAGUACUUGCGUAGCGCCCUCUCUAGUAGGACCUGAGAGCAGUGCCAUAGAGUUUUAAUCAUACAUGGCAUUCACUCAGAUGCCUUGAGACGCCAGAUGCCGUUGUUUGUGCCAGCAUGAGUCAACAUUAAGGACAAUGCCACUGCUGCUUUGCCUAUUUAUUUUAUGCUUGAGUCCAGUUAUUGUGUCUUUUUGUCAGUUUGGGUUUCCUUUCUUUUUGUUUCUCCUAGUCAUAACUAGUUACAUUGAUUAGUUGUUGAUUGAUUCCAACUGUUGGUCUCACUGCGCCUGCUUGAUCUUUCUAUAGCCUGGGCAGUUCUUCAGGGUGUGUUGCCAAGUCUUCCCUUUACGCACUUCUCCCUAGUGGUAAAUGAGCACCUUGGUGUGCUGUGAUCACCUGUUUGCAGUGUGUGCUUUGUGUGUGAAUAGCAUAUGCGCGAAGAGAUGGGUUCUCAAUUUUUGUUUUCCCCUGGCUGCGUGACCCUGGCUGCGUGACCCUGGCUGCGCACAACUCAACCUCUGAUUGUUGGAAACCACUGUCAGUCAAAAAAUUUGCUCACAUGAUUGGCUGCCAGUGUCUUGCCCCUCCUCACAGCACUGUGUUUAUAAACAAACCAAAAUCAUGUAUUGUCACAAGGAACCUACCUUUUUGGAGCUGUCCUGCUGUUAGUGUGUUCUAUUGGUAAUCUGAGUGGCAGCCUUUAAUUACAGUUUUUGCCUACUGCUUAAACACUAUAGGCUGAUGCUUAAACCAUAGUAGCAUAUCGUUAAGUGUUGGUACUAUAACUUAAACACAUGUUGCUUUACUUUUAAACAAAAGUCAAGCAUUACACUUUCAUACCAGUUUUGUUAAAAGGACACUGUGUGAGAUUUUUAGUUGUUUAUUUCCAGAAUUCAUGCUGCCCAUCCACUAAUCUUACCUUUUUCAUGAAUACUUACCACCAGCAUCAAAUUCUAAGUAUUCAUUAUGACUGGAAAAAUGGCAAUUUUCAUACAGUAUAGUAAUGGUGGGGUGGCGUCCGCGCCAAAUGUCUUAUCCUGUGCGUAUCGCUCGGUGCGUAAUUCCAAGAGCAGUAUGAUAAAGGGAAGAAAGGAGUCGCACACUGGAGCUGGAUGCAAAAUCAAAAAAUGUAUUAAACAAAGCCGAAAAAAUGUAAAUAAAACCGACAGACAGGGGACAAACGUUUCGGGUCUAGCCCUUCAUCAGUGUUCCCAGUUUGAAAUACGUCAUCAGUUCCACUGAGCUCUUAAAGGCUCCGUUGAAAGUUUUUCACCCACCAACACCUAGUGAAAAGACAAGUGCAUAGUCAUGGAGAUGCUAGAGUGCAUUGCAAGCAUUCAGCGACAUGCAUUGCAGUGAUAAACUAUAUACAUAUACAUAAUACAUAAGGAGUCAAUAGGCAUAUCGGAGAAAGAUAGCCUACUAGGGAGGGUCAAAGUAUGUAUAAAGCAACAGUACCAUAGUCAGUCCAAAUGGAAGAACAUGGAGAGUAUCAAGGGGAAGUACAUGAAUAGCGUUAAUAGUUAAUCGAAUGUCAUGAUAAAACAUAAUAGGGAUAAUGCAGGGUAAAUUCACAAGAAACAGGAUAAAGAUAGUUCAUCGUUCAUUCCACUUGGUUGGAGAGA